UUUUAUAUCUGCAGACCGUCGCGCGCGCGAGUUCAUCGGAAAAUCCGCGUGUUACGAACAAAGCACGGUGAGCUUUCUGCUAAAUGGUUUAAUCAGACAUAUGAGAGUUGGUGCAUGAAGAGUUAAAUAAAUAUUCGUGCAAACGCAGUGUGAUUGACACAAUCAAUUAAUGUAAUUGAGAUAUUCGAGGGGUGUUGGUUGGUGCACGAAAUAAAUUAAACAUAGUCCCGGACAAUUAGCAAAAAAAUAAAAUUGACAAAUUUACUAAUUGAACAUACUUAAUUGGAGAUUUUGAUGGAUUCCUACGCCAUGUGAGGCAGAUGCCAAAACGGAGGCGAGCAAGUGGCCCAAAGCUCACGCACGGAAAAUUCAUUCGGCAAAUGCGCGCGAAAAUUGUGAAAGGGAACUGCUUCGCCUGAGAGAGCUUUCCCAUCCAGUUGAUCUUCGGAUUGAAUGAAGAGCGGGCUGUUGUGAGUUGGGUGAUGUAGAGUAACUUUCGUGACUAAACGGAGUAUAAAGAAAAGUUCUCAUACUUUCUUUUUUAUCUCAAAGCUCUCUCCUCUCUCGUGCUAAACGGCUGACACUCGGUGCAAAAGCUAAAAUCUUUUGGGGGAUUUAGGUGCAAUUGGUAUACAGAGUGAAUUAAAGGAGUGGAAUAUGAAUUUCUAAAAGGAAAAUGUAUGCCACUGUCAUCAUCUGUUGAAGCUCCACACAGUGUUGAAUUGCCUAUGUAUACUCUUGUCAUUCAUAUGCCAACAUGUGCGUUCGUAAUGUGUCCUCGGUAGCUCUACAUAUUAUGAUUUAAGGUGCAAAUACAUAGUGGUGGCUGAUUAGAACGGAGAAGCAUUUUGAAACUCAUACAGGAGGUGUGCCAAAUUGAUUGAUUUGCUAUUCAACGAACAUGAAUUUAUUUAGUGUCUUGUGAGAGACUGUGCAUGGUGUAUUCCUUUGCUAAUUAAUACGGAAUUAUUAAAUUUAUUCUCAUUGUUGGAUUCCUGCCGUGAAUUUGUGGAAUACAGCAAGAUAUACAUAUAAUACGGAUACUAUAGAGAGAAAAUUAAUAAUAAACAGAGACAUUUUAAAGUGAGAUGAUAAUGAUUCCAGAAAUCUCGUACCUAACAUAAAAGAUGAACGAAUUUGCGUGACAAGCAAAAAGAGGACGCCCCAAGAUGUCCAACAGUCACUCCGGAACGAUUGGGCGAAACCGCGGGGUCGCAUUUGGCAGUAGUCAAAUGAGGCGCCAACGGUCAGUGGAAUGGACGCACGAGCGGGGUGGCUACAGUAGUAGCGAGGAGGAUGAUCGCCUGGCCAGAAACUCCAUUGGUCCAACAGUUGACAGCAACUUCCUUGCCACACUCAUAGCACAAACUCAGCAAUUGCGAAAACUUUUGCCUGAAUCGGGACGACCUUAUGACUGUGAUACAGACGAUGUAAUUAAUUCUCCCAGCACUGCCAAUCGUCAAUCUCCCCUGCAACUGCGUCAGUCGUCGCCCUUUCCCCACGAAGCGACAAAUUCGCGCCGAAAACAUUAUGCCACCCCCCAUGAACGCCUCCGAACCAAUGGGGAACUUCUCUUCUCCUCGGGCUCUUCUAAGGCAAUUUUGUUGCCAAAUAGCACCAUAAGGGGUAGCCGGGGGAUGACUUCGUCCAGUAGUGCCACAUCUUCAAUGAGCAACCACAACGAUCGGUCAGCGCAGCAGGAGAGAGAUAUUCCGGAAAGUGUUGUAAUGAAAUCGACCAAUUCUAAGCAGCACAUUCCCGAUCUGGAUACGCGCAAUGACGAGCCCCCACCCGAACCGGCACCUCCAGAAGUGCCCCCAAGAGGACAUUCACUCCUUCAAUCAAUGUCUUCAAUGCGUAAACGUUCAGAUUAUCAAAUACACAUACAGGAAAAUAAUUGCAACCUGAAACACGAAGAAUUUAUACCUCAGGAGAAGCAGCAAGAGUACUUAAUGACGGGAAGUCCUCGUGCUGCAGGAUAUCAAGCGCGAUCGCCGAUGUCCAAUGGUCCUCAAAAUCAAGCCAGACUUGCUGCUCCAUUGCAAUCGAGCCAACAGCAGAUGUCACAGGGUAUGACGAACGCCAACAAUGCACAGGGAUCCCAUUGUCAAUUGGGCGGUACGUCGCCCCUCGUAAUGCCAGUCUUUCCCCUGCGAACAUCCCAUUCAGGACAUGCGCCACACUACUCACCCUACUCGCCCUCAAGGUUUCACAUAGACAAACGAUGUCAACAUAGGUGCUCGUGGAAAUGUUUCAGCAUUGCCUUAAUACUACUGUCUGUGGCACUGAUAGCUAUGUUGGCCUAUUUCGCAGCGGUCAAUUCAAUGAAACCCACGAUGGAUCCUAACAACUGUAUUGUGGUGCAAGAUGUAAAGUCAGUAACUCACGAUCAGAUGACGCAGAAUGUUGAUGGAUCAACGCAAUUGCCCACUGAAGAAUCCUUGCUUACGAGCACAGCGGACCAUAGCACCUUCACGACGGCACAUCAUUAUCUCAAUAGCGGAUUCAGUAGCAGUAGUUUCUCGCAACAGCAGAUUUUACAGCAACAAUUGCAGCAGCAGCAGCACUACCAGGACCAGCAGUUUUCUGCUCAACAGCAGCAGCAACAUCAAAAAUGGCCACAAGUUUUGGAACUUCGGGAAUUCAAUGAGGUGCACCAUGCAACAAUUCAGCCAUACCAAUUUUGGAAUUCGGAAUUUCGCAACAAGCACCCAGCAUUCAUACGGUUCAACUUCACCCUACCAUGGGGUGCGAAUUUUGCUGUAUAUGGACGACGCAAUGUUGCACCCAGUGUCACGCAGUAUGACUUUGUAGAGUUCAUCCGGGGUGGCAGGGUGGAUAAUCGAUUGCGGCGGCGGCGACGCCGAAAACGUAGCAUGACAACCGGUGAGGAUGCCGAGGAGGAUGGAAUUUUGGGAAAUGGUAUUGGUGGAGACGAUGAGUAUGGAUUUGAUAUUUUUGAGAAUCCCACCGUGGACAGUGAUGAAUACUUUGGAGCUCCAUGGCGUGACACAGACAGAUCAAUGGAAAAUUCCGCGGCAGAAGCUGCCUCCUCCACCUUUAUUGAUGAACACCUCCGUCUCACACCCGCUGAACGCCAUAUUAUCUCCAAACGCUCCUCUGACAUGGACCCCAUGAUGGUUAAUGUGAGUCUGUUGCAGUACUUGGAUACGGGACGUUGGUUCCUUUCCGUCUACAAUGAUGAGCUCCUGGCACAUAGUAUCACCCUAACUGUGGCUGAAGCUGAAGGUGUUAGUACAACCUGCCCCAAUGAUUGCUCCGGAAGAGGAUCCUGCUACCUUGGCAAAUGUGAUUGCAUCGAUGGCUAUCAGGGUGCUGAUUGUUCAAAAAGUGUCUGUCCAGUUCUUUGCUCAGCACAUGGGCACUACGGCGGUGGGGUAUGCCACUGCGAAGAGGGCUGGAAAGGUCCAGAGUGCGAUGUACCAGCGGGUGAGUGUCAAGUGCCCGGAUGUUCUGGCCAUGGACGCUGCAUUGAGGGUGAUUGUCAUUGCGAACGUGGAUGGAGAGGACAAUUCUGUGAGCAACCUGACUGCCUUGAUCCUUCAUGCUCUGGCCAUGGUACCUGUGUGAAUGGUCAAUGCUAUUGCAAGGCCGGCUGGCAGGGUGACGACUGCGGAAUGGUUGACCAGCAAGUUUACCAAUGUCUGCCCGGCUGCUCUGAACAUGGCACGUAUGAUUUAGAAACGGGAACGUGUGUCUGCGACAGGCACUGGACCGGACCAGAUUGCUCUCAAGCCGUGUGCAGUUUGGACUGUGGACCGAAUGGGGUGUGUGAAUCUGGAAAGUGUCGCUGCAAUGCUGGAUGGACAGGAAAUCUGUGUGAUCAAUUGCCAUGCGAUGCACGUUGUGCCGAGCACGGGCAGUGCAAGAAUGGCACUUGUGUGUGCUCCCAAGGAUGGAAUGGUCGUCACUGCACCCUGCCUGGAUGUGAGAAUGGAUGCUCCCGACAUGGACAGUGCACUCUGGAGGAUGGUGAAUAUCGGUGUGUCUGCAUCGAGGGAUGGGCCGGCACAGAUUGUUCAAUCCCACUGGAAAUGAAUUGCAAGGAUAACAUCGAUAAUGAUCACGACGGCAUGACAGAUUGUUCGGAUAGUGAAUGCUGUUCACAUCCAAUUUGUGCUGAGCACAUUAUGUGUUUGGCAUCCAAUGAUCCUGUGGAAGUUCUGCUACGGAAACAGCCACCAUCUGUUACCGCAUCCUUCUACCAGAGAGUCAAGUUUCUCAUUGAAGAGAAUUCCGUGCAAUCUUAUGCCCAUUUGGAUGAGUACAGCGAGAGCGAGUUCUGGAACUCCUUUACACCGUGUCGAGUGUCUGUGAUGCGAGGACAAGUUGUCACACCCCAGGGACUCGGAAUUGUGGGAAUUCGUGUCUCUGUGGACAGAGACUCGAGAUUUGGAUUCACACUCACGAGACAAGGAGGAUGGUUUGAUGUCCUGGUAAAUGGCGGCGGUGCUGUUACCUUGCAAUUCCAGAGAUCACCCUUCCGUCCACUAACGCGAACCGUCUUCGUACCCUGGAAUCAGAUUGUUGUUUUGCCACCUGUUCAGAUGCAACUCAGUGAAGAUGAGGAACACUUGCGUCCACUCAUAAAAACUACACCACCAAAUCCGGCAUUCAGCUUCCUCAACACCAUCCAGUACCACUUCACGGACGAAAGUGUCCCACCGGGAGUUGUCUGUCUCGAGCACGACCAUGAGCUUCUGAAACCACAAUUGUUCGGGACAUGGAUGCCAAAUGGUGUGGGCGCCAUGGCUGGUCAUCGUAACAUUUUCGCCGAGACACAGAUUGUACAGGAAUCUGUGCAAAUCCCAGGCUCAGGUCUACACUUGACGUACCAAUCAUCUCAAGCGCCGGGAUACCUGAGUAUCGUACGGAUGCGAUUAACCAAAGCCACAAUCCCCCCGACUCUGACACAUGUACACGUUGGGGUGGAGAUUGAGGGUUCCCUCCAUGUCAAGACAUACGAGGCUGACCCCAGUUUGACCCACACCUUUGCCUGGAACAAGCGAAAUGUGUACAAACAGAAGGUGUACGGUGUCUCCCUGGCGCGCAUUAGCGUUGGCUAUCAACACUCCACAUGCAAAGAACCCGUGUGGGAGACACAAACCGCCAAACUGCAGGGAUUCGAUGUGGACAUCUCCGACAUUGGGGGAUGGGGACUCGAUAUACACCAUCACUACAAUUUCCAUGAGGGUAUAUUGCAGAAGGGUGAUGGCUCAACGUUGCACAUGAAAGAAUAUCCGAGAACUGUGAAAGUUGUAAUGGGGACUGGCCUACAGAGACCCCUUAGUUGUGGCAAAGAUUUCUGCAAUGGCAUUGCUAAAGAUGCUAAACUCUUAACCCCCGUAGCCCUAACAUCUGGUCCCGAUGGUAGUCUCUUUGUGGGGGAUUUCAAUCUUGUCAGACGAAUUACACCAGAGGGGAAAGUCUUUACGGUGCUCCAAUUGAGCGCUACGCAAGUCUCAUACCAGUACUACUUGACCGUAUCACCUGCUGAUGGGCAUCUCUACAUCUCUGACCCAGAACGCCAUCAAAUUCUCAAGGUUCUCUCAAUUGAUGAUGUUAAGAAUCCAAUUAGUAACAGCGAAAUUGUUGUUGGAAGUGGACAAAGAUGUAUCCCAGGUGACGAAGGUAAUUGCGGCGACGGGGGUCCAGCCAAGCUAGCUCGUCUCUCCCACCCGAAAGGUAUUGCCAUAGCAGCCGACAGGACUAUGUACAUUGCUGACGGAACGAAUAUUCGAGCUGUGGAUCCAAAGGGUAUAAUCCACACCCUCAUUGGUCACCAUGGGCAUCACAACCACUGGAGUCCAGCACCGUGCGAAGGUGCCCUUUUGGCAAGUCAGACGCAGCUGCAAUGGCCAACGGGUUUGGCACUCAGUCCCCUCGAUGGUUCCCUCCAUUUCAUCGACGAUCGCCUGGUGCUGAAGCUAACCGCAGACAUGAAGAUCAAAGUGGUGGCUGGCACUCCGCUACAUUGCAAUUCAAAUGCAGGAGAGAAGAAUAAAACCUCCACCGAUGAUGUCCUCGGCACCGUUCUCGCCAUCGCUUUCUCACCCUUUGGUGACCUCUACGUGGCGGACUCUGACUCUAGACGAGUCAACUCCAUCCGCACUGUCGACACUUCCGGCAAAAUGAGGUCGUUCGCCGGGAAAGUGGACAUGGCCACGCUCCCAAGUUGCGACUGUGGCAAUGCCACAACGGCGGCAACACUGGCGGCAACAACGAUGAAUCCAGCUCGAAGCGGAAGUACCGGAAAUCCCGGUGCACCUUCACCCUCCGUCGCAGCCACCGCGGGCUGUUCCUGCAUCACCCCCUACAACGGCACUGGUUUCACAACGACCGGGUAUGCUGAUGACACAGCAACGAGCAAUGCUGAGACUCUUCUCUCUUCCAACGCCAAAUUCCAAGCCAUUUCUGCCAUUGCCGUGUCCCAGGACGGAGUUAUCAAUGUUGCCGAUCAAGGAUCUUUGCACAUUUUGGCACUGCAGCACUAUCUACCGAGUCACGACAUCAACGGUGAAUUCCACAUCCCAUACCCGCCCACAAGUGAGGUGUACGUAUUCAAUCGAUAUGGGCAGCAUGUGGCCACCAAGGAUCUGGCAUCGGCCAAGACACGCUACUCCUUCCUGUACUCAAAGAACACGAGCUUUGGGAAACUAUCAACAGUGACGGAUAGUUCGGGAAAUAAGAUACAAUUCCUCAGGGACUACAGCAACCUCGUGAGUUCCAUUGAAAAUACCCAGGAUCACAAGUCUGAGCUGAAGAUUAAUAACGUUGGGCUCCUGGCCAAGCUGACGGAGAAGGGAAAAUCGGAAAUUGAGUUGGACUACGAUACAACAUCGGGGCUAUUGAAUAGUCGUUCAGGUGGUGGUGAAACCUAUAUUUAUUUAUACGAUGAAUUUGGACGGGUAAUUGGAAUGAUUUUGCCCACGGGGGAGACUGUGUCGAUAAGCUCUAGUCUGGCAGCGGAUAUUGGUCUAGCUGUGCAGGUGCGUGCUCCAGUACAGAGUCUCUUUGCUGAAAGUCAACAUGAUCGCAGCGAUAUGCUAAUUGUGGGUGGUAUUAAGUCACUGACAAUGAGCAAUGGGGUGGAAAAGACCGUAGCCCAUAUAAAUACAAACAACACCCUCUCCAUUGCGACGCCAAACAAUAUGGUGAUUGAGUCGGCAGCCGCAGCAAGACACCCCCUCCUGGAGGCCUCGUUGCCAGUUGAGGCGGAAAUGCUCCCAAUGUGGUCACAGCAGACGGUAACAAUGGGUGAUGAGCUAAUUAACACCAUGUAUUCAUCGUACAGCCUCGUUGGGGAUGUUCGCAAUCCACAGCAGACACUCAAUCAUGAGCUCUUUGUCAACAAUUCACGUGCUUUUGGGGUGGAAUUCGACCAAUUCACCAGCAGGGAGACAUUCUUCGACCGCGACCGUCAGCCCAUCCUCACAAUUGCCUUUGACCCAUCAGGCCAGCCACAGUCCUACCAUCCCGCCUCCAUUGGCUACCCCCUCAACAUCUCCUACGACCGCUUCAAUCGAAUCGAUGGCUGGACAUGGGGACCAUCUGAGCUCAAAUACACAUAUGAACAGCAUGGGCUCCUGUCUGAAAUUACAAGCCAGCAGGAUGGUACCGUGAGCUUCGUCUACAAUGACCUCAAUCUUGUGGCGGAAAUCGGGUUGGCCAGUCAAAGGAAGAUUCUCCUGGGGUAUGAUGAGGACGGUGGACUGAGACAUGUUACCCUGCCCAGUGGCACGAAGCACUCAUUUAGCUUGCAGCCGUCAAUUGGAUUCAUUCGGUACACAUACACACCACCCGGCAGCACUAAACCCUACCUCCAACACUACUCCCACAGCGGUGCUCUGCUGCAGACAGUCUUUCCAGGAGAUGGUGCCAGGGUUAUCUACCGAUACACACCAAAUGGUCAACUAUCGGAAGUAGUCCACGGGGAUGGUCGUAGUGAAUUUGUCUACAAUGCUCUAACAGGAAUGCCAAGCACAGUGGGUCACAUUGAGCGUGAACUUGAGUACAGAUGGGAUUUCGAGUACACCGGAGCCCUAUUAACUGAAGAACGAAUUGAUUUCUCUGCCAAAACCGGAUUGAGCAAUGCUAAAUUCUCAUAUGAAUACGACACCAACUUCCGCCUGAUUUCCAUUCAGGGACGCAUAGGUGGGCAGAACCUUCCGGUUCAGACUUUCACUUAUAGCAGCAAAACCGGUUCACCUGAGGAAAUUGGUCAAUUUAAGGUGACCCAUCCACGACAGAAUCAAACGUCUGUCUUCGAUGGAACUGCAAUCUUUUCUCGGACAAUUAAUGGUCAGUACUUGGAAACUCAGAUGUCCGUUACAAUUCACCGGAUGGAGGUGUUCCGUAUGGAGUUUGCGCAUGAUAUGCACGGCAGGAUAUCUCAGACGAAGACUUACACGAGAAAUGUUGGAGUCAACACGUAUACCAAUGUGAAGAACUUCACAUGGGACUGCGAUGGUCAGCUCAUAGGUGUUGAAGCUCAAGAGCCAUGGGGAUUCCGCUAUGAUGACAAUGGCAACAUGCUUUCACUCACAUACCGUGGAAAUACAAUUCCAAUGGAGUACAGUGGCAUGGAUCGUAUCAUGAAAUUUGGUGAGGGUCAGUACAAGUACGACAGUCGUGGUCUUGUGGCACAAAAUGCAAGAGAAGAAAGAUUCCACUACAACACUCAGGGACUCCUGGUGAGAGCAACCAAGCGUGGACGCUUCGAUGUCAAAUACUACUAUGACCAUCUCAAUAGGCUAUCAACGAGGAAGGACAACUUUGGAAAUGUUACGCAAUUCUUCUACAAUAAUCAGGAGAGACCACAGGAAGUUAGUCAGAUCUAUUCUCCACGCGAUGGGAAGCUUAUGUCACUCACCUACGAUGAUCGUGGGCAUCUGAUCUAUGCUCAAGUCUACAGGCAUAAGUACUACGUAGCAACAGAUCAAUGUGGGACGCCUGUGAUGAUCUUCAAUCAGUACGGUGAAGGAAUUCGUGAGAUUAUGCGUUCUCCUUAUGGACACAUUGUCUACGAUUCAAACCCAUACCUAUACCUUCCGAUUGACUUCUGUGGUGGAAUUCUCGAUCAGGUAACUUCUCUGGUUCACAUGCCAAAUGGCAAAGUGUAUGAUCCUCUGAUUGGACAAUGGAUGACACCAGAUUGGGAGAAUGUAGCAGAACGCGUUCCUACACCAACGAAGCUUCAUCUCUAUCGCUUCAAUGGGAAUGAUCCCAUCAAUAUUGGUCACGAUCGUAACUAUCCAGCUGACCAUGGAACAUGGUUUGAGCUGAUGGGCUACAAAGUUAGUAGCUUACUGCCGCAGCUCAAUGAGAAUUUCUGGCGUGUCCCAAGUGCAUGGGGCCGUGUUAGCAACUUUGGACCUAUACCCAAAGUGACACGAAUGGACUUUACUGGAUCACCAAAUGUGGAAGUUGAGAGUGGCUUCUUGGCACAUUUAGCCCUAAGGAGGGCAUCCAAAGUUGAGCAGUUGUCCUCACCACCACGCUCCAAACUCAAAAUGGACGUUAUGCGCGUGGCACCGAGUAAAAUUGGAGCGGCAUCAGAUCCACCAUUUGGACGGGGAAUUGUUGUUUCGCGCUCAUCCACGGGACAGGCUAUUGUAUCGAGUGUUCCAGCGGCAAAUGCCAUUUACCGCGAUGUCUAUACGUCUGUUUUCAACAGAUCCCACCUACUACCGAUCACCUUUGUGGUGCACAACAGUCAGCAGGAUUCGUUCUUCUUUGUGAAGGAGGACGCAUGGAGGGCGAGUGAGGAUCGGCAGCAAUUGAAACGUCUUCAGGGACAAGUUAAUACGACAUUCCAUGAAAUUGCUCGGGAGAACGGUAGUGGCAACAACUACCUCGAUGUGAAGAUCCACGGAGCACAUACUGUGAUCAAUCUGAGGUACGGGACGACAGUGGAGAAGGAGGCACAGAGACUGAUGCACCAUGCUAAGCUAACGGUGGUGCGAAAAGCAUGGCAUAGGGAAAAGGAGGCUCUCCGUAGUGGCAUUGCCACCGCCAUUGAGUGGAGUCAGACGGAGAGUGAUGAAAUUCUCAAGCAGGGCUAUGCAAAUAUGUACGAAGGGGAGUAUGUGCACGAUGUAGUGAAGUAUCCAGAAUUAGCAGAGGAUCCCUACAAUGUGCGCUUUGUUAAGAAGAAAACCAACCAAAUAAGACGACGACGACGAAGACAUGCGUCCACGGAUGAUUGCCCCGAUGGACGAUCGUGUUAGCCUAAUACCUCCCCCACAUUCGGCGGCACUACAGGUAAUAUCCCAAAAAUAAGGGAUUGAUACAUGAAAAAAAAAUACAAGCCCAAGUAGGAGAUUUUAUUAAGGAUAUAGAUACUGUGUAAAAAGUUAUUAUAUAUUACCCAUAAUGUAUUAGGUGGAAUGGUUAAAGAGAAGCACGUACAGUGUAGUUUGAUAAAAAUUGAUUUAAAAAAUGCGUGUAUGGAAAACACGAGAAAAAAAUUAACUAAAAAGGUGAUUCGAGCUUUUGAGACUGGCGUCAUUUCAUCCAGAACCAAUUAAUUGUAAUUUACGCAACAAAAGGAUAUACUUUACGUAUAUAGAUUUUUUAGGAUAACAAAAAAAAACACUUAACAAGGAUAUUAAAUAUAUAUUUAAAAAAAAAACUAUAAAAUUGAUAUUUAUGGAGUAAAGAAAACUUCGUCAACAUAAUUCAAUGUUAAAAAAAAGAAGGGAAUGAUGUUGAAACUACUGCCGCAAUUUCGGUUGUAUAAAAGUAGGUUAACAAAAUAAAAUAUCAAUCGAGAGAAUACGCCAAAAAAAUGUACAUUUGAUAUUAUAAAAAAAAAGAAAAACUUAGACAAAAUGCUCUCUAAUAAAAAAUUUAAAUUAAGGAGAAGGCAGUAUCUAGCUAAAACUUUCAGUAUGGGCACGUAUACCAUACAUUUUGCAGACAAAACAGAUGAUUUUUUGAAAGAACAAAAAUCAACGUGAAGCAGAAGAGAUGUUGCCAAAUACACCCAAUUUAAAGAUUAAAAAAAACUCUUGACUUAUUGAGAAAAUUUGAAAGAGAUUUACUAAAAUCAUGUUAAGAAGGAAUUUUUAUCUCAAAAGAUAUUCCUAAUUAAUCGUAAUGACUUCUUGAGAUUACGGAACAAAUCUGCAGUGAUUUUAGAAAUAUUAAUUAGAUUUAUGCACAACUGUUUUAACAAAUCAUAAUUAAAAUUUAGUCUUUCUAAGAUCUAAAAUAUUAAUUAACAUAAUAAAAUUAUUCUGAUAUUUUUUCUGUCUUAUUUCAAUUUCUUUUUUUAUUCUUUGAAUUUGAUAACUUUUUAACUAAUCUUUAUUUCUUCCAAACUAUUGAUAAGUUAUUUAAAUUUUAUUUGAAAAGAAAACCUUUUUUUAAGUUCAAAAUAAAAACCUAUGGUUUAGGAUCUAUUUUGAUUAUUUCUAAUAUCAUUGCAUAUUGAAUACUUCACUAUGUAAAAUACAUAUGUAAUUGUAAUAUAAAAUUCACUGUAAAUAAUUAAAAGAAAUCUUCACACGAUAAGCCAUAAGAAUAAAAUUAAAAUAAACCGAGAAAAGGCUAUCGCGAAGAGAUAAUUUUCUCAAAUAAAAGAAAACCAUUCAAAUCCAUGCAUAGGGGAUGAGAUUAUAAAAGUGUUAUGGGAAAGUGUAUGUAUGUAAUUUGUAAAUGUUCUCUAAUGAUAUUUAAAAGAAAUAAGAAUUAGUUGAUAGAUUAGUUGUAUAAUGAGGCUACACGGAUAACUCAUUUUUACUCCAUCGUUUAACGAUUUUGUUGCCACAUUAUUCCUGUAAAUAGAAUCCAAAGUUUAUAUUCUAAUAUUCUUUCUCUCUAUGGAAAAUAAUAAAUUUUACAAAAAAAAAUGCUUUAUUGGAGAAGUUCUCUCUCUUCUCAUUUUUCUUGCAAUUUUAUAAGCUAUGAAGUUUUGAGUUGAGCCUACCUUUUCUCUUGCUAUUUGCUUCAUAUUAAAAAUACUAUAAAUUCCCUCAAUGAAAAAAAAGUGAACCACACACAAGAAAAAGAAUUUAGAAAAAUAAAUUAAUUAAUGGUGCCAUAAAGUGUUAUCAAUUUAAAAUGACAAGAUUCCGCCACAUUUUUAAGAAAAAAGAAAUGAAUAAUGAAAAAAUCAGCGAAUAUUUUCAAUUUUAGGAGAAAUUUUUCCCAAAAAAAUCCGCCAGAGGGCUAUAUUAAGAAAAAAUGUACACUUUUGACUAGCUUCAGCCUAUUGUCUUUCUGUAAUCAAAUCAUUUUUUAUGCCAUAAAACAUGCCGUCGCAACGGUUUUUUUUUUUAAUUUUUAUACCUUUCUUUAUGCUGACUUUUUUGCCAUUUAGCAAUGAAGAUCAAUUGUAAAAAAAAAAUGGAUAAACAAGUUAUUAGAAAUUAUACAGCAUAAUAUCAGUCUUACAUAUUAAUUUUUACAUAAUCUAAAUGAAGAAAAAAAAAUGAAAAGCUAAACUUUUGUGUACAACAACGUUGAAAAAAAAACAAUGGCCCGGAUUUGGGGUGGAAAGCGUUGUACGUUUAUAGAGCAAAGUGAAUAUUUCAAUAAAAAUCCAUGUAAAAAGUCAUACAAAGGAUGAAAAAUCAUAGUGAAAUUUUAAGAAAAAAAAAUCGAAAAACCCAUGAGAGAAAGAAAACUAUGAGACGGUGAAAAUUACUGAUAGUAUUAAAAAAAAAAACAAGUAAAUAAUUCAAUAACAUAUUGAAAAUAUUAAAAAAAAAUCAAUAUAGAGUCGUAUACUGUAUAUUUAUUUUUAUAAAAUAGUAUGAUAUUAAAAAAAAAAUACGCAAGGUGAAUAAAACAAAUUACCAACCGAAAGAAGAUGAAUCAACAUCAAAAUUAACAUUGAAACAGAAUAAGUUUAUUGAAGUGAAGAUAAAAAGUUGUUGCUAAAAAAGAAGAGAGAAAAAAGAGAAAGAUGAAGAAAUUAAGGGAGGAAACAUAUAUGUAUUUGUAUUAUAUUUAAAUCAAUACAAUGGAUAUUUUAUCAAAGAAUGGGAAUUUAUCAGUGUAAACAAAUAAAAAAAAAUAUGUAGGUAAUAGUCCAAAGUUGAUGAGAAAAUACGGCACGACGGUGGAAGAUAAGAGGUUUUAAAUGAAUAACUUUGAUAUCAAAUCGCUUCAUAGAGUUUUUUUAUAUACACAUAAAUUUAAAAAAAAAAGAAAAAAUGAAAAUGAGUUGAGAGAAAGAAGUAUGUAAUAAUCAAAUUGAGAAAAGUAAUUAUAAAGAGAAAAAAAAAACAAAUAGAAAUAUCGAUGAUGAAAGUAAAAAGAAGAAAAUGAGAUGAGAUAUAGAAAUUACUGAUAUGUCUGCAAAACUCCUUCUUCCCUAGUCACAAUCAAUACUCAACAGUCAUUGAUGAAUGGUGAAAGAUAUGCGGUGAGUAAAAAACUCCAAAUUGCUGUAACAGUGGUUAAAUCUACAUGGAAUUUAGUUGCAAAUAAAGAGAAAAAAAUACUUUA